AUGUGUAAAUUAAAAGCCAUAAUUGCCCCAUCGGUCCUUGCGUCUAACAUAAGUAAGCUAGCUGAAGAAACACAACGAAUGGAAACUUUGGGAGCAGAAUGGAUCCAUUUGGAUGUAAUGGAUAUGCAUUUUGUUCCUAAUUUGUCAUUUGGUCCACCAGUAAUUAAUAACUUAAAAAAAUAUACCAAUAAAAUAUUCUUUGAUGUACAUUUAAUGGUAGAAAAUCCAGAAAAAUAUGUAGAACUGUUAAAAACAUCUAAUCAAAUUACAUUUCACUUUGAAUCCUUAAAUGAAGAUAUUAAAAAAUGUAUAGAAUUAGCAAAAGAAAUAAGAAAUAAUAAUUUAUGGUGUGGAAUAUCUAUAAAGCCAAAAACAGAUGUAGAAAAAAUUGUCCCUUUACUAGAUACUAAUUUAAUAAAUACUGUUUUAAUUAUGACUGUAGAACCUGGUUUUGGUGGACAGUCAUUUAUGCAUGAUAUGAUGAGCAAAGUUUCAUUUCUUAGAAAAAAAUAUCCCAAUUUAAAUAUUGAAGUUGAUGGAGGAUUAAAUAUAGAAACCACUGAAAUUGCUGCAUCUCAUGGUGCCAAUAUAAUUGUUGCAGGAACUAGUAUUUUUAAUGCGAGUAACCCUAAGUUUGUUAUUGAUACUAUGAGGAAUUCUGUACAAAAAUAUUUACAAAAUUAA